UAGAUAGAUAGAUAGAUAGAUAGAAUGUUAUAUAAUAUAUACACAUAUUAUAACGUGUUUUAUUUCUGCUAAUAACCUCUCCGCACUUUAUUUGCAGGAUGAUGUGUGACAAUUUCAUGACACCAAUACAUUGAUUUUGUUUUUUCUCUCUGUGUCCAUAGACGGCGUUUUCGACGCCACACGAGAGUCCGUGCCAUGCAUUCAACCCGAAGCCUUGUUGUUUGGCAGGAGUCAAGGAGUUGAAGACUGUUUGACCCUCGACAUCUACAUGAAAGAGUUACCCCAAGAAAAUCAACCGAAGAAAAAAGUAUUCUUCUACAUCCACGGUGGGGGAUUUAUGGUUGGUGCUGCCAGCCACUUUAUUCCUGGCACCUGGGUAAAGAUGUAUGAUGAUGUCAUUGUGGUCACGAUCAACUACAGGCUGGGCAUUUUGGGCUUCCUGAGCUCAGGUGACGAAACGAGUCUGGGAAACUACGGACUGUGGGACCAGGUCCUUGCUCUCCGGUGGGUACAACGUCACAUUGCUUCUUUUGGCGGUGACCCCGAUGACGUCACACUCUCUGGGGAGUCAGCAGGGGCGGCAGCCGCCCACAUUCUCUCAAUAUCUCCUUUCGGGAAGGGUUUGUUUACUAAAGUUUGGACUCAAAGUGGGAGCGCGACUUUUAUCUCCAGAGACUUAUCCUCACCUCUCCAAGACGUUUUGAAGUUUGCGGCUACAGUGGGCUGUUGGUCUGGGUCAACUGAUGAUAGUUUGGAUGUUGAUGGAAUUCGGAAGGUUGUAGGCUGUCUACGAGAAAAACCAGAAGAAGCGUUCGUGAAAUACGUCCCUUUCAAUAUGACCUCCUUCAUUUUCUCCCCUCGUGUAGACAGAAUGCUCAUCCCAAACGAUCCAAAGAAACUUUUGCAAGACCAGUCUUAUUUAGAAUCUGUCUGCUUUUAUGACAGGACAUACAUUUGUGGGAUAAACAAUAAUGAACAAAGUAUGGGCGAUAUGUAUAUUGCUACUACUAAGGCAAUGGUUUACGCGAAUGAUUCGAUGGCAGAUGAAGAGAAAGAGAAGGCGUAUAAAAAAUCACUUGAUUUUAUGCUUGAUGUCUACUUUGAAAAACGAGGAUGUUCCAAAGAAUCUGGAAAAAAGAUUGUCUCUUGGUAUGAAAGGCGAGGAACGUUCGAAAAUGCUGUUCGCGAAGUCAUAACAGAUAUGUAUUUUCAGCUCCCUACGUUCGACUUCUUAAAGGCGGCAUCUGGUCCUGGGGCCCGUUCUAGGCCUCGGUUACUGUAUUUUGAUCAUUAUCCUGGGUUUUUAAGGACAUCACCAAGUGCGAAAGGUAUGCCACAUGGAUUGGAUGUUGCCUACCUCUUUGACUAUGACAUAAAAAAUCUCGGUAUAUCAUUGGAAGAGCCCACAGAGAAAGUUAUGAGAGGUCGAGAGCUGAGGGUUAAAGAGCAGUUUAUUUCAUUGACGAUGGCCCUUGUCAAAGGAAGGUUUAUCGAUGAAAAGCCAGAGCCUGCGUCACGGAAGGCAGACAGCUGUAACGUGCCAGACGGACCGAGUGGGAAUCAAACCCGGGAGCCUUACACUUCGAGCCUGAACCCAGCUGGAGAACUUUUCAAGUCUCACGAAGACCUGGACAUAUGGCCUACUUGGGACCUGAAGAAGAAAACUUACCUGAGCUUUGGCGACACACCUUUCAUCAAGGCUCCUUUCCAAGUGGAGAAACUGACUUUCUGGGAUAAAGUCUGUCCUGUUGAUGACCUGUAACAAACUCAACGGGAACAAAAGUCCUGCGGAUGGUGCUAAGAAAAAAAAAAAGAAACAAAAAGCGCUACUCAGCGGCGACCAGAUUUGUUUACUUCGCUCUGUGCAUAUAUUCAGAACACCAUUGAGUGCAACAAAGAUGGUACAUAACAAGAUGGGCCACUCAGCCAAAA